AUGGCCUUCAAGAACGGCCUCAGCGAGCGUCUGGAUGAGUUGCGUUUUUCCUCCCCGCGCUCUCCUCCCUCCGAGUCGCCCUUCCCGAGCCUUUCGCCCCUCUCGCCCAGUCAGUCCAGCUUGAUUUCGGCCUUCCAGAGACCCUCGAACGAUGUGCGCGCCAACCUGCAGCGUCGGUUCACCACCGACGCAAGCAAGCUCUCGUCGUGGAGUUUUUUGAACCAGCAGGCGCCGCAACUGCCAGACUCGCUGGAUAUACUCUCUUCGGCCACCCACCUUCAUAAAUCCCAGCUUUUUGAGAAGAAACGGCAGCACAUCGAGUACAUGCGUGAGCAGAAGAAGAGAUUCGAAGCAGAUAUGAAACUGUUGGACCUGCAGCAGGAGAAAGAGAAGCAGGAGAUGGACCAGCUGGCUCGCGACCUCGCACAGGCCGGUCUCUCAGGGCCUGUCAGCGAGCCCACAACUCCCCCGGAAUAUCGAGAUGCAGGCUUCCCCAGUGUCUUUUCUCGUCCGACCCGCUUCUCGACCUCGAGCGUCACCUCCUCCCCGGGGAUCUUCAAUAUUUUCUCUCCCCAGGUUACGUCUCCGUCGGCAACUCAAUCGAAGCCUAGCACGGCGCAGACGCCAAACAACCGCUUUUCAGUUCAGUCUGUCCCUGGCUCACGUCGGAACUCUGAAGAGGACGUCGAAUACUUCCCGGAUUCGAUCUCUUCCUUGCGUACUGGCCCAUCACUUCAUCGUUACUCCCUGCCCACCACCAGCCUUGCUUCUCAGCUCCGUUCACCCACUACAGGCUUCAGCACUUCUACGCUAGACUCCUUUAGCGCAACCAAGUAUCUCUUCCACAACGACGAAGACAGGGAAACCCCUAAGGACGAGGAUCGGCUCCCAACUCCAGAUAUCAAGAGCUACCUCAGAAUGACGGAUCCCGACGACAAGUUUCCCACCCUUUCUCGUAAUGACGACAACUCGGGGCUGCUGUCCGCAAAUUCCGACGCUCUGGAUCUAGCCAACUCCCGUACGCCGAAUCCUGAAUCUUGGAAUACGCACAACCGUCACCGUUCUUCACACCAGAGUAUGCCGCAGAAUGGUCUGAACAUGUUUCGUCUUGACCAGCUCGGCAGUCCGACGUCUGAGAAGCCAUCCCAGACUGGCAAUGCCCGUCAUCUCAGCAGACAUUCCGUUGAGUUGAACUUGCUCUAUGGAGGAGAUAACAACCAUGAGCCUACCACUACGGCUACUGCCAGUCGUCCUCUUUCGUUACAGUCGUCCUAUUCGACCAACGAUCUGCCAACUGUCAAGGGAAAUGGUUUCAACCCUGCCAUUACUCCGCCAAAAACGCACGCGGAGCAGUUUCACCAGCACAAUGCGAGUCUCGGUCGCAUUCCGCCGAAUGCCAUGAACAACCGCUCAGCCAAGGAGUCUCCAGAACGCGACGAGCCCAAACUGCCUAACGGCCAGGCUGCGCAGUCCGCCCUUCAAGCCAGUGCUGCGCCUUUUGGUCCUCAGCUGACCUCGUCGGCUUCUCCUACCACUCUUAACGGUUCGAUCGCGCCUAAUGGUGUCCCGAACUUUCAGAAUCCCUUUUACAACUACAAUCUCCAGGCAUACAUGGGCAAUCCGAUCCAGGUUAACGGCGGCCCCCUCGCAAACUACAACCCCCACGCCCCCUACGCGGCGUAUGCAACCUUUGGCAACUAUCGUUUCCCUGAGUCACCAGCCAGGAACUCUCGUCGAAAUGGCGACGGCGAUCCUUCGCAGAUGUCUCGGUUCAAUAACUUGCCUCUCGAGCACUAUCGGGGCGAGUUGUACAGUUUGUGUAAGGAUCAGCAUGGAUGUCGCUACCUGCAGCGAAAGCUCGAAGAACGGAACCCGGAAUAUGUCCAAAUGAUAUUCAACGAGACCCAUAUGCACGUCGUGGAGUUGAUGACUGGUAUGUUAACACAUUGUGCCCUUGUUCGCAUAUGGAGAAACGCUGAUAACCCUUCCACUACAGAUCCGUUUGGAAACUACCUCUGCCAGAAGUUGCUUGAGUUCUCGAAUGACGAGCAGCGGACCACCCUCAUCUACAAUGCUGCCCCGCAGCUGGUCAAAAUUGCCUUGAACCAACAUGGUACUCGUGCUUUGCAAAAGAUGAUUGAGUUCAUUUCUACUCCAGAGCAGACCCAGACGGUCAUUCGCGCCCUGCGAGACCGUGUGGUGGAUCUUGUCCAGGAUCUGAACGGAAACCAUGUCAUUCAGAAGUGUCUCAAUCGCCUUUCUGCGGAGGACGCGCAAUUCAUUUAUGAUGCAGUUGGCGCGCACUGCGUCGUCGUCGGAACGCACCGUCAUGGGUGCUGUGUGCUGCAGCGCUGCAUCGACCACGCCUCUGGCGAGCAGCGGGCUCGGUUGAUUGCCCAGAUCACCGCCAACGCUUUCGCGCUGGUUCAGGAUCCGUUCGGAAAUUACGUUGUACAGUACAUCCUUGAUCUCUCCGAACAGCAUUUCACCGAACCGCUUUGUCAAGCUUUCCUGGGCAAUGUUGUGCCCUUGUCAAAGCAGAAGUUCAGCUCCAACGUGAUUGAAAAGUGUCUGCGGACUGCUGAUUAUCAAAUGCGGCGGAAGAUGAUCGAGGAAAUGCUCGCUCCCAAUGAGAUGGAGAAAAUGCUGCGUGAUUCGUUUGCCAACUAUGUCGUCCAGACUGCCAUGGACUUUGCCGAUCCCGAAAUGCGCGCUCGCCUUGUCGAAGCCAUCCGCCCUAUCCUUCCGUCGAUUCGCCAGACCCCCCACGGUCGUCGGAUCGCUGGAAAGAUGUCGGCACCCGACGGAUCAGGCCGCUCAAGCAACAAUCAGAGUGGACAAGCGACCCCCAAUGAGAUGGCGUCUGGCCAGUUGCCUUCUUCCAUGCAAACGCCCCAGAAGCCAUUCAUGGCACAUCACAAUUCGUUCAGCGGCUCUAAUGGCAACCAGCAAUACGGUUCUCAAGGUCUUCCCUUCUCCGAGGCGGUCACGUCUUCUUUCGCAUCUGGGGCUCCUCCUACCUCCGCUUUCAACACGCCAUCUUCUGGCGCUCCUGAGACACCUACGGCCAUCUUUAACCCCUCGCACCAACCGAACCACGGUCUUGGUGCCCAGAGCCAAGUUUUGGGUGGAAAUGGAUAUUUCUGA